CUCAUUUAUCAGAUUUAUCGCAGACUUUUUUGUUGUUGUAACGUGGAUUCAGGAUGUAUGUUUAUGUUUAAUUUAAUAUAUUUAAGUAGCAACAGAGUGUAAUUGAUUUCAUUAUUGCAUGAUUGUUCGUAUUGUGAACUUGCUGGCAAGUUUAGUUACUGUAGACCAAAAUGAAUAGAGCAGAUGGGACGGAUAGACAGGUAGCUGUGCGAGGCCGUAGAGGACGUGGAUUCCGUCCAAAUUAUCCAUUUUCGCCUUGCAGAAGACCAGGAGAAUCAGUACAGGAACCUGCAACAAGCAUACAUAAAGGGUCAGCCAAAGAACAGAUCUCUAGUCACAAUGUAAAUAUAAAAGCACCUACUUUAUCGACAGAAAUAGGUACAGAUGGAAAAGAUGAUGUUCAGUUACUUGUAAAAUACAGCUACCAAGCCAACGAGAGUAGCCCACUUGGGGUGCCAGAACUUACCAUUCAACAAGGCCAGAAAGUUAUAUUUGUUAUGAAGCAUAGCGAGAAUGAUCAGUGGUGUAAAGUUAGAACUGAUGAUGGCCAAGAAGGAUUUGUUCCUGCAUCUUAUGUGAUGGAAUUGGAAAGUAAGCCAACAACACUACCAUGGCUACAGAAGACAAAUGAUGUGGAAGACCAGACAGAUAAAAUAACAAGUAAACCAUUCUUCAAACCGUAUGUACCAACCUACCAAGAGAACAAGUAUGAGCUACCAAACGAUCUAAAGAGAUUUUUUUGCAAAAUAUGCAACAAACAACUCAAUGGUAUUAAACCUUAUAAUGCACAUAUGUCAAGCAAGGCACACAAGGAGGAACUAGAGUACUAUCAAGAACAAUAGUAGAAGCAGCAAAUAUCAUAACUUUUACCUCCCACUAUACUGCUAUGAUGAAUAACCACAGGCGCCAUAAUUUAAUAAUAGUUAAUAAUAUAGCAAUUAUCAGUGCUGUUGAAACUUUUACAUCCCACUAUACUAUGAUUCAUAAUGAGAACAAAUAACUUACAUGUCCUACUGUAAUAUACUAUGAGCAGCCAAAGGUGCCAUUCUAAAAUAAUUUUUAACAUCAACUUUACAUCCCACUAUACUAUGAGCAGCCAAAGGUGCCAUAAUUGAAUAUUUGUUAACAUCAUAACUUUACAUCCUACUAUAUUAUGAGCAGCUGUUGGUACCAUAAUUUAUUAAAAGCAUUUUAUAAAAAUAGUAAAUAAAAGGUUCUCUAACCAUGUACAGUAUUGCAGCUUUAUUGUGUUUUAAAUACCUUGUAUAUAAGGCCUGCAUAUAGACAUUCCAUGCCAACUGGAAAUAAGCCUACAAUGAGUGUUGAAUUCAAAAUAGAAAAAUUAGCGAGAGUAUUUACAUUUAUCAUAAUUCUAGACUAGACCACUGUUGUUAUCACUUUCAGUAUUAAAUUUUGUGUUAUAAUUUA